AUGUCUUCUGGUGACGAGAGCAGACCUUCAUCACCAAGUUUAUUACAAAAUAUACACCGUGCCAAGAGAAUUAAGUUCUCAGUUGAACCUGUGAAAGUGACCUGUGUGUGUGAAGGAGUGAAAACAGAAAUGAUAUCAAAGCAAACACAGGUAACGACUGAGGAUAUUGCAACCUCAAAUAUGAACCAGCGCAGUAUAUGGGACAAAGACGAAUUAAAAUGUGAAGUUUCACAUUUACCUAAUGUGGGUUUCGAAGAAGAGCCAAAGGACCCACGCAAUAAGGCAUUCGCAAGAUUGGUCGCACAUGAAUUAGAUAGUGUACCAGCGGAGAAGCGUUCGAACAGGGAGCCACUUUUAGGGGGUUUUUCGAUUGCAAUAUGUUUACCAUCACAUGCUCCGACACAGUUACUGAAAUUCCACUUCUGCGCAAACUGUUCUGCUGUUUCUUUCCAUUCGGUUUCAGUAGUAGGCAUCUGGAAAAUAAUAAUAAUAAAGGAGAUAAUAAUAAAUACAUAUUUUUAUUUACAGAAUGUAUUAUCAGAUGACGAUAAUGCCAGCGUAGCAACGUCAAGCAACAGUAAAAAAAGAAAAAGAAAGGAAUCGCUAAUAGAAAAACAAGGACAAUUUAUUAACACAGCAGAAAAACUCUUCGAAAACUUGUCGCAAAAAGACGAACAGUGGGAAGUGUUUGGAAGAUCUAUAGCAUAUCAAAUGAAAGAUUUAAAUGAAAAUCAGUUGGUGAUUUGUCAAAAACUUAUAUCAGAUACCAUAUUUUGUGCUAAACUCUGUAAGCUAAAUGAAAAUUCAUACAUUGUAAACCCAUCAAACGAACCCACAUUUCAGCCACAUAAUUUUUAUUCACCUUCGCCAUCAUCCUCACAUUCAUCAUCGUCUACGUUUUUUAACUCAAACUAUCCAGUUCGCCAACAACUGCAAACUUCAAUACAAUCGAAACUUUAUCGGCAACCGGUACCAUCGCCGUCUCACCAAAAGUCACCGUACUAUAAUCAUCCUUCACCAUCUACACCAAAUGAUCAGUCGCACUUCACACAUCAUCAUCAAUCGCCAAUUUAUCCACCGGUACCAUCGCCGUCUCACCAAAAAUCAACGUACUAUAAUCAUCCUUCACCAUCUACACCAAAUGAUCAGUCGCACUUCGCACAUCAACAAGUACAAUUUGAGGUUGACAAUGCUGAUGAAUUUUCACAAAUUGUUACCGAAGAUUUAUCACAAACGUAUUUAUCACUGCCCAAUGUGACAGAAGGUUCUGCAGGAGAAUUAAAAGAUUUUUUGAUAAUCAAUCCUAAAACAUAAAUUAAUAUUUUUAAGAAUUAAAAUGUGACAAUCCACAAGAAAAGGUACCUUAUGGACGAUAGGCUGUUAGGACAUUUUUUAUUAACGUUAGUAAGGAAAUGUCGGGGAAACGUCAUAAGCGCCGUCCCAUAAGGUACCUUUUCCUAUGGACUGUCACAAAUGUUUACCUAACUACUAAAACAAAUAUUCAAAAUAAAUGAUUGUUUUUCUUACCUCUAUGUAGUUUUUUAAGCAUUUGUAAAUAGCCCGACAUGUUUCGGGGAUAAUUCUGGAUAAAAGCGGCUGGGAAAUUAAGCACGUAUAUUUCAAAUCUUGGUAAGUGUUUCCUGAAGCUAGAAAUCUUAAUGUGACUACCAGUCUUUGCCUAGCACUUACACUCUGUCUUAAAAUUGUGUCUUCUUUUUUUAUAUAGGGAGUUACUAAAUUUAAUAAGUAUUCAAACUCCUCCUCUCCCAUUCUUAAAUAAUUUUUAAAGUCCACUGGUUCCAGAGCACUGAGAAUCCUCAUAUUGGAGUGCUUUUCUCUUAAUUUCAAGUAUUGCUUGACCCAGAUCCUUUUCCUCUUCUUUUUUUCUUCUAUAAUAUUCAAAGAUGCAACUGCCAAAGCCACCGCAAUCAUUGUUUUUUUAAUGGUUUAGAUAAAACUGGUGCCAUGAUACCCCGCGUCUCUAACGAAUGUCCUCGACAAUACGUCUCUAUCCGCGCGCGUUCAAAUGCAUACUGUACACAGAGAAUGAGGGAGCCGGUAUUCAGUGCAGUGUAAUAAAUCGACGCCCUUGCAAGUGGCCAGGCCUUCCUAACUACCAGGCUCUGAAUACCGUGUAGUGUAAUAACCGUUUUAGCAUGUGUAUUCUGUGAAUGUUUGGAUUGUAACUUAUAAGCCACUCAAAAACUGGUAAUAAGUGUGCCCAUACUGCCAUUCAGUGGCGUGCACAGAGAUUUUAGUCAGGGUAGGCAAAAAGAAACGGCCAAGUGCGAUUC